AGAGUUUUGGAUGUACAUGAAUUAGUAUCCAUAAAAGAAAGUGUGAGGAGAAAAACAGUGCAAAUGGUCGAAAGAUGACAGCGGCAAGUGUUGCGGAGGACAAGUACCGCCCCUUACUGCGCCAAGAUAUCGAGGAGAACACCAAAUGGAGAUACGGUCCUCCAAGUUAUGAACUUGUCAACAAACUAUUUGAAGAAGGCCGAACAAAGGUAUGGGCUCCAGGCUCACUGGAAGAGCAGGUGCAGACUAUGGUGAAGCAGUGGGAGAUGGAAAUGUUCCACAAGCUUGAUUUCCAGGAGAACCGAUCGGUGGAUCCAGAGAAAUACAUCUUCAGCCUAAACGGAAGAAAGGGCAUAAGUUUGGAAGAGAAAAGGAAGCUUGGUGGAGGGUAUAUCCCUCUUCUGCAAACCUCUCUGCCUGAGAAACUAAGGCCCUACAAUCCGUAUGCAGAAACAGCAGAUUCAUCCCACAAGGCCUUUACCACUGCAUUUCCACGCGGUUUUGCUCUCGAGAUUCUGCACGUUUAUUCAGGACCACCAGAGAUCGUGUACAAGUUCAGGCACUGGGGUUACAUGGAGGGUCCCUUCAAUGGCCGUGCUCCCACUGGCGACAAAAUUGAACUCUAUGGAAUGGCCAUUUUCACGUUGGAUGAGAAUUCGAAAAUAGUGAAGGUGGAGUUUUUUUAUGAUCCUGCGGAACUGCUGGGAGGUCUCUUGAAGGGUGCUGAGUUUGAGAACAGUGCUGAAAUGCUGUUGCGAGCUGUCCUGUACUCAGGAACACUGGCUAGAGAAGAACGUGUUCAAAAACUUUAACCUUCAAUAAAUUAUGAUGCAAAAAUCCUAUCUGUUGCUUCUUUAAUUCUAGUUUUUCAUCCCUAAUUCAAGCAUUAAGGUUGUAAUUUAUUAGUUCAAAUCCCUUCCUAAAUCAUCUUCAAUGUCUAAUAUAUAUUUAAAGCUGUA